CACUUACAUUCGUACACAGAACGCUGUAGCAUUCUUGUGUAAGUCUGUUGAAACUCAUAUUAUGCCCUCCUGAAUAUCAGACACUCCUAAACAGAGCAGCACGUGACGCCAGUAAUCUUAAGGUUCGAAAGUCAAUCAGUUUAUCAGCUUACUCAUGCCACUGGGUCAAACCCAGUGCGGUGUUGCGCCUUUGUCAAUCGCUUUGGCGAAAUGUUUUAGUUAAACAGAUCAUGUUAGUAGCCCUUACAGUUUUGAAUAUCGGUGCCAGUCAUGUAAGCCUACAGGAAAACACUUUGCCUGAGUUUUAUUUUUUCCUCAGACUAAAUGAGAACAUAAAAAAAAAACAUUUAAGAGGGUUGCUGUUGAGCAUUGUUAUGAAGGUAACAGCUGCAAGGACUUUUGAACCAGUUUUGAAACAACCUGCUGUGUGCCAGAAUUUAUGUUGAACAGAGAGGGUUGUUUGCUGCUUCUCCAGACAGGAUCAUUUCUCAAUCCCAGAAUGUCAGACCCCCCCACCCUACCCCCCUCUCCUUACCCGUGUGGAUGCUGGUCAGCGCAAUAUUUGUGUGGAGAAAGGUGGUGAAGCACACAUUGGUCAGCACAGUGUCAGGAAAGCACAGGUUGGUUUGUGUGGUGUAAAUUCAUCUGGAAAACCAUGGCUUGGUAGUGCUGACUUGGAAUUUCUCCAGGGUGAAUUUGGAAUAAAGCCCAAGAGAUGACAUCAUUAUUUCUGGAGGUGUGUGCCAGCCUGAUUGGCUGGAUCGCUCCCUAUGCUGUGCUCUGUCACCUGAAUGGUCACCGUGGCUACGAGUGGAACUGCCGCCUGGUCACGCUGUUCCACGGCAUCCUGGUAGUGUGUGUGACUGCGUACAUAGGCUAUGUGGAUGGACCCUGGCCUUUCACACACCCAGGUACGAAGAACACACCACUCCAAGUCACCGCACUGGUCCUCAGCCUGGGCUACUUCAUCUUCGACAUGUGCUGGUGCGUGUACAUGGGCACGGAGGGGCCGGUGAUGCUGGCGCACCACACGCUGAGCAUGCUGGGAAUGGUGCUGAUACUGUGGCUGGGCGAGUCGGGCAUCGAGUCGUGCGCCGUGCUGUUCGGCAGCGAGAUCACCAACCCCCUGCUGCAGCUGCGCUGGUUCCUGCGGCGGCUGGGCCGCUACGAGGGGCUGCUGGGCGACGCCGUGGACCUGCUGUUCGUGGCGCUGUUCGUGGCCAUGCGCAUCCUGCUGGGCGGCUACAUGCUGUACUGCGAGCUCUCCUCCGCCCGGCCCCGCCCCGUGGUCAAGGCCGGGGGCGUGGCCAUGUAUGCCCUGUCCUGGGUCUUCAUGGUGGACAUCGCCCGCUUCGCCCACCGCAAAGCCAGCACCAGGUACCGCCGCUGGCAGGAGCGCCAUAAACUGUCCAAUGGACACGAUGGAAAGGUGGACUGAAAAACUCCAUAAUUCUGAUUGGAGGAAGCACCUAACCCUGCCCCUGAUUAUCUUAAUAUUAAUUUCAAAUUCCCUUAACCUCACUGCUCAGAUUCAAGCAAGUUCUAUGAAGGUUAGACCGAACAGUGCUUCUAAGUUUCUCCAUUCUUCGAAGGUAAUAGUCCAACUUGAAGAGAUUCAUGGCGAGCAUUUUGUUUUCAGAUGUUCGUCUGAAAUAUUAACGUAAUAUUUCAAAACAUGAACAUGAGAAAGAAAUUGUCAGCAGUGUGCAGCAGUUCUAAUUUAAACAUAAGGACAUGAGUCAAAAAGAAUGCCUUUGUUUAUAUCCCCAUGAAACAUAAUCAAGUCUGCAACACAUCGGAUGAUUUGAGGUAUUUUACAAACUUAUUGUUGAGAUUUGUCUCUUAGCAACGGUACCAUCCCCAUCACUCUUUGACCAGUGUGCUGUGGUCCAUUUUUGGGUAGGGUGCAAGCCUACUUAAAGUUUAGAGAAAGUAAAGGCAUCCAUCCCAUCUGAGUUAACUUGGGAGGAUUGGGGAAAAAGUCUGCUGUACUGCGAACAGUUGAUUAUAAUUUUCUCAGAUUGUAUUUUCUGCUAGCGGGAUACCUUUUGCUCAUGUUGACAUUUCUCGCAGACCUUUUUAUUACAAUUUUUUCUAUUGGUGAAACAAUAUUUUUACAUUCUUGGUGCAAUAGUCUCAACUCUUAUUAAAAAACACAGAAGUGUGUUUUUAAACUGAAAUAUUUCCAAAACUCCACAACUCCUCUGUACAUUUGUACAACUCUAUAAGUAAACUUCUCAAACUUAUGUAUCUUGCUUGAAAAUAUUCACAUAAAUACUUCAGAAUGAUUAUUUCUCCAUUAAGAAUGUCAGCAACCUUCUAGGAAAAGCUGAGAAAUGUACAACACCACUGUGAAAUGGAUAAGAGAAGAAGAAAGCUGACACCAGCAGAGAGCAGGUCCGGAAGCAUAUUCUGGACCAGGCUGUGACGUUAGUUGUGACUGUUGUGACUUAAGUUGUGGUUGCACACUACGGCCUGCUGUGGUACAAUAUAUGGCAAUAUUAGACUUUUAAUUGAAAUUAUCUGUUGUUGUCUUCAUUAAGUGUACUCAAAAUGUUGAGAGCAGGCCCUGUGUUGGCUUAAAGUAAGUAUCAAUUGACUAUAAUUUUAACCAACUGACCAAAUGUUUUGAGUAGGAUUUUAUGACUCAGUGAUAGACAGCAUGUGGCACUGAGCAGUGUAAUAACUGUUCAUGUAGACAACAUUGCUCUGAUGGCACUAGCUUUUCAGAAGGGCUUCUUUGCAAACAGCAGGCUUCCUUCAGUCUGGUGUACACUAUGCAGUGGAGAAUGGUGGCAUAACAUUGCAGUAGAGUACAUCCCUGUAUGGAUAUCACAUUUUUGCCCCAUGUUGCAGUGGAAAUUGAAACAGCUGCUUGGGUAUUUCACAUGUUUAAAACUGUUUAAUGUGAAUAUGAUUUUUAUUAUUAUUUUCAAAUGUUCAAGUGUUUGUUUGUUUGUUUGCUUUUCUUUUGUUUGCACUUUAACAAUUGUGAAAAGGCUCCACUAAGAAAGCCACUUGAAAUGCUUGUGCAAUCCAUAGAGGUUCCAGCAUUUCUUGUAAAACUGCCAUCAUUUGUGAAAUAGCGGUAUAUGGUGAUGACUUCAAAAUCUGUCAGCCCAAUUCUUGGAGCACUGUAUAAUAGAAUAAUAAACUGCUAUGGUCUCGUUAUUAACAAGCAACGUAGUGCAUCUCCAACAAGACUGAAGAUCAUAUUUUUAGAUGGAAGAAAUGUGUUUGUCUGUAUGUAUUUUCUAUAUUUUUCAAGUCUCGUCUGCUCACAAUUUUGUAUGUUUGAACAAAGCUGUGUUGUCAUUAUUAAAACUGUCCACUAGAUGCCACUGAAGGCAAAUUUGUAAAAUUUGAUCAAAACAUUCUAAUCAGUCCUUGUUCCUUGUUAACACUGACAUGAGGUACAUCUAACUAAGCCAUUCAGUAGAGCUGUUGGUUUUAUUUAGUGUGCAUAUGCUUAUUAAAGUGCUAAUGUCACCUUAUUAACAGUUGUUAAAUGAUUGACAGUUAUGUGCACUUGAAACAUUUUUAAUGAAUCCUGACUGAAAACAUACGCACUGGUAUGAUAACUUUUACACAGCAAAAAAUAAAUGUUUAUGUAUAUAAAAGUAAAA